AUGGCGAAGUCGCCGCUCACCAGACAGCUGAAGUUUGCUGCCUGCUCAUUUUGCACUUACUUCAUUGUUUGCAUUCUUCUGGGUGCUCCUAUACUUGAACAAUGGAAAGAAACUGGUUUGAUGUCACUUGUGCUCACAAUAUGUACUAACCUUCCAUUUCUCAUGUUUUUUGAAGGAAAUCUUGAUAAUUUGAGAUCAGUUCUUGCUCCAUCGCUACCAGAAGAAAAGUUUGUUGCCUUCAUUGGUUAUGGUUGUGUUAUUGGUGCUUGGUUAUCAGCUGGUUUCUUAGUUUUAGACUGGGACAGACCUUGGCAAGCAUGGCCUAUUCCAUGCAUCAUAGGAGCUAUUUUGGGAACUUUCACAGGAUGGAUGAUCUUCAAGUUAAUCUCUUGUUUAUCGCGACAUCGAAUUUCAAGUGCUUCAAGCUAUAGAUCUUAUUCUCAAGUCUCUUCUGAUAAAUGCCGUUACGACUAG